CAAAUAUUUGAGCAGUUUAUUGUACCUGGGCUCUGUACAAAAACAUGAUAAGGCAGGGAAGGGCAGCAGCCACAGUCAGAGAGGGGGCAGAAUAUGAUCCCAGACACAUGAAGAGAGGAGAUUCGUCGGAAAACAGCCACAAGUAGCAGGGAGAGAGAGGAUCGGAAAACAGCCACGACCUGCCCGGCCAUGGCAGCCUCGCUGAGCCGCCCCUGCUUCAUCUCCCUCCACCUGCCCUACAGGCAGGGCUGGGCCCAGCACCUGGCCAACACCUUUCGCUUCCAGCCCGUGGCCGUGCGGGAGACGCCGCGGGUCCGGCAGCUGGCCUUGCGACGGGGAUCCGCUGUCUUCCUCGUCAACGAGCGCCUGGCACCGGGGUCUGCCAGCACCUCCUCCCGGGAAUUCCUCUACGACGUGGACCCCCAGCCUGCCUUGGGCACAGCCUCCAACGUCUGCUUUGAGGUGGACGACGUGCUGGGGUUCUGCAAGCGGCUGCAGAGCCAGGGAUGCUCCUUGCUGGUGCCCCCCACUGAGCUGAGGGAUGACGGCGGUUCUGUCACCUACGGGGUGGUGAGCUCCGUCGUGGGCAACAUCAGCCAUACCCUUUUAGACCGAUCUCGCUACCAGGGACCCUUCCUGCCUGGCUUCCAGCCCAUCCAAAGAGCCCCCUCAGCCACAGGGGACGGGAUUGAGAUCACCCACUUUGACCACAUCACAUAUGUCUGCCCCCGGGGUGGCGCCCGGGCAGCUCUGGACUGGUACCAGCGCUGCUUCGGCUUCCACCGCUUCCUGCUGAACCCGCAGGAAAGCCCAGCCGAGGGAUACGUGCUAGGGGGGCAGGGGGUGGGCAUGCUGCUCCUUGCGCUGCAGAGUGCCCAGGGCACCCCAGCACACGGCUGCAAGCUGGUCUUCGCCGAGUCCCUCUCGCGGGACGGCACCAACCAAGUCGACACGUUCCUGGAGCAGCACGGCGGGGCCGGGAUCCAGCACGUCGGCCUCUGCACCACCGACAUCGUCACCACAACCAGGGCUUUGCAGCAGCAGGGUGUGCGGUUCUUCACACCCCCCGCCACAUAUUACAGCCAGGGGGGCAAAGCGGAGGAGAUCCGGGGGGCCGGGCAGGACCCCCACAUGCUGGCAGAGCUUGGCAUCCUCCUGGACACCACACCGCCUGGGGACAAGGGCCGGCGGGGCACUGAUGCCACAGAGAGCCCUUCUCAGGAGUAUUUGAUGCAGAUCUUCACCCACCCCAUCUUCUCCGAGGAGACCUUCUUCCUGGAGCUCAUUGACCGUCGGGGAGCACCGGGCUUUGGGGAAGGCAAUAUACGGGCACUGUGGAAAGCUGUGCAGGUCUAUAUGGACCAGCAGCAGUAGUGGCAACACUGCAAUCCUCCACCCUCAGCUCCCCAUCCUCUCCACUCCAACCCUGGGGGCACUGCACCACUGUAGAGAUCCCAGUGGGUGCUGGUGGCAUGGCCCAGGUGGGCAGGGACCAAGGGAGCACUCCAGGUCAACCCAGAGCCAACUCAGCGUGGGAGAAAGACCCUCAGGGCCAAAUCCAGCAGGGGUCUGAGCAUCCCCCAGGAUGGAGGGUGAUUUUUCUCCCUCCCUGGGUUCCCAGUGAUUUAUCAACCUCAGACAAAGAAUUCUGCCUCAGUUCAUCUUAAUUUAUUGAGACUUGAGCCUGCAGCAGGGCCAAGAGCAGUGCUGGCACAGCAACCACCCCCAGCUGUAGAGGAAUGAAGGGCUGCCAGAGGGGAGUGGAUAAGCCUGGGGCCUUGGGCAGACUGCUCACCAAUGGUUACCACCCAGAGCACGGCCAGCCCCUGUGUGGGGCAAGUGGUGGCCUCUUGCUCCUCCCAAUUAAAGAAUUAACU